AUGAGUGUUUUGAUUGUUGCUUUUCUUGUGUUCAUCACGUCUUAUAUUGUUCAUUUCUAUUGGAAAGUGACAAAAUACCCGAAGGGACCGUUUCCUAUUCCAGUUUUGGGAAAUCUGCUUCAGUUUCCCGAUAAAAACAUCCAUAUCCACUUCGACGAUUUGGCCAAAAAAUAUGGACCAUGUUUCACAUUAUGGACUCCACUUCCAUCAGUGGUGAUCACGGAUUAUGAAUAUCUGAAAGAUGCGUUCGUAACACAAGGCGAAGCAUUCAUUCAACGUUCGAACCGUCCACCUGAGACACUUUUGCAACCACACCCAAAUACUGGUGUGUUGGCUUCCAGUGGAGAAAAUUGGAGACUUCAGAGAAGAACAUCGCUGAAGAUUCUUCGAGAUUUUGGAUUGGGAAGAAACUUGAUGGAGGAACAAGUGAUGAGAUCUGUGCAUGAAAUGCUAACACAGCUGGAAGGUAUUGCUGACAAGAAGAAUGUCGAUAUGUUUUGGCCAAUUCAACUUUGUGUUGGAAAUGUCAUUAAUGAGAGUUUGUUUGGAUAUCAUUACAAAUAUGAAGAUGCAGAGAGAUUCAAAACGUUUGUAAAAGUCGUGGACAGGCACUUGAAGACUGCUCAAGGACGCAUUCCACUAUUAAUUGCUGCCUUCCCAUGGCUUCGUCAUGUUCCAAUUAUUGGAGAACUCGGAUAUCAUAGUAUCAAGAGAAACAUCGAACAAUACCAAACAUUCAUUGAUGAGGAAGUUGCGAGUCAAGUCAAAGAAUACGACGGGGAAAGUGAGCCAGAUAAUUUUGUUCAUGCUUACAUGAAACAAAUGAAACAAUCAGGAAAUCAAGGACUUGAUAUGCCAAAUCUCUGUGCAUCGGUUCUCGACUUCUGGCUAGCUGGUAUGGAAACCACAUCCAACUCUCUCCGUUGGCAUUUGGCUUAUAUGAUGAAAUAUCCGGAAAUCCAAGACAAAGUUCGUAAAGAAAUAUUCGAUGUCGUGGGAACUUCGAGACUACCUUCAAUGUCUGACAAGCCGAAUAUGCCGUACACUCAAGCAGUCAUUCAUGAAGUUCAAAGACAUUCAAAUAUGGUUCCAAUGCUAGGAACACACAAAAGUGUUGAAGAUAUUGUGGUGAAAGGGCAGAAUAUACCUUCUGGAACCAACGCAGUCCUUGAAAAAACAAUCCCAUUCAGUAUCGGAAAGAGAAAUUGUGUUGGAGAAGGAUUGGCUCGCAUGGAACUUUUCUUGAUCUUCAGCGCUUUGAUCCAAAAAUACGAGUUUGUACCAAAUGCUAGUGUUGAUCUGGCCCCAGAGUGGGGAGCUGUGCUCACUACAAAGCCAUACACGUGCCAACUCAUCCCACAAACUGAAUAA